CCUCGGCCUGGGACUCGAGAAAAGCAGUCUGCUGUGUGUGUGUGUGUGUGUGUGUGUGUGUGUGUGUGUGUGUGUGUGUGUGUGUGUGUGUGUGUGUGUGUGUGUGUGUGUGUGUGUGUGUGUGUGUGUGUGUGUGUGUGUGUGUGUGUGUGGGUAGGCCUCGCAUUCCUCCUGUGGCUUAUUUUCCUGAAGCGGGCCCUGAUGGCUUUCCAAGACAUUCCGGAUGUGGAGAUUGGCAGAGGCUGAACACACACCAGAUAGUAGGGGAGCAGAGAGCACUGGCCACAGUACUGUUGCACCUUCGGCUCUAGUACUGAUCAGCUGACAGCUGUGUUCUGUUGUACAGCACUGGGAAAUCAAGUGCAAUGAACUGAUGACAUAUCCGGAGGUCAACAGUUUGGCUGAGGAUGCAGCGGCCCAAGGGACAUUGGUCAUUGAGGGGAUCUUUGUCCAGACAUGUCUUGACACAGGCCUCAGCGCCAUUUACCGGGCACAGGACGUCCUGAAUCACUUUACAGAAUGACAGAGGGGGAAAUUACUGUUCUCCACUUGGGGCCAGAGAAAUUUGAGCCCAGCCAUCCUGACCAUACAGCUUUAAAAAGACUCUACUGUAAGAACGGAGGACACCAUCUCCGAUUACAGCCGGACGGAACUGUCGACGGCAGUCGAAACGAAAGCGACUUGAAUACUGUGUUGAGAGUGCAGGCUGUCAGUCUUGGAGUGGUGGUCAUCAAAGGCCAUAAUACUGGACUUUAUCUGGCAAUGGACAAGAAUGGACGGCUAUACGGAUCGCUGUCGCUCAAUGACGAGUGCUACUUCCUGGAGCAUAUGGAGGAGAACCACUACAACACGUACAGGUCGAACAAAUACAGAGAUGGCCAGUGGUAUGUGGGGCUGAAGAAGGAUGGCCGUGCUAAAGUGGGACCCCAAACCAGCCUGGGCCAAAAGAGCGUCAUGUUCCUGCCUCGGCCACAAGGGGGCAGUUCAGUGCUGUGAUUCAGAAGGCAGGCUGUGAAGAGGCCUCGCCAAGAGCCCUACAGUGAUGGUCUACUACUUCACACAUCGACAUUGUAAAUACUUUGUACAACAUUGUCACUACACUGCUAUCUACAAUGCAUUUAAUGUCCAAUGCCAUACAGUAUUUCCAGUAGGCCCAUAUGCCAGGUCACAUAACUGACAUUUCAUUUGAAUGUGUUCAGUGUACAUUAGGCUGCCUUCUGCCACUAAUAUUGGGAACCUGUGCAUAGCCAUGCUGCUUAUCAGCAUAUCAGCAUUGUGUUUAUUUUGUAUAAGAAUAUUAGUUAUUUAUAAUGUUAUUUAUAUAUAUUUUUUGUU